GGAGACUCAUUCAUAAUACACUCUUUCGUCGACAACAUAUGCUUCAAGGAUGCCCAUGGAAGGCGGAUGUUCCAAGCUGAAGGCGAAGAAUUCCGACGCUCAGGCGUCAACCCUCUCUUUCUUACAUGGCACUAUGAACAGUGCGUCAAGGCCAGGCUACGUCCCCACACUGAAUACUCUUGAUCAGUCCCGGAAUUAUACCCUUAUACAUGAAGGAAAUAUGUGUCCCAGAUCUAGCCCAAUUUGAGGAUGUGAUCCUCUUAUUGAACACCACGAAAAG